AUGUAUGACGACCGUCGUGUGCUGUUUUCUUCUUCCUUCUGUUUUGCGUUCAACUGUUGUCUGAUAUUUGCUGGCAUCUCCAGGACGGAGCGGGAGGCAUCGACGGUCACAGGAUGCAAGGGGGAUAAGACCCCGGCCCUACUGCAGCUGGAACAGCUGCUGGCUCUUGGCCUCGAUCAGCGCACUGCGGAGACCGCUCUUGUCAACAGCAAGGUCACUGCCAAUCUUUCCGCCGUUAUAGCCGAGGCUGGUAUAACUUGGUGUGACAAGUCAGUAGGCAAUCUUUUGUAUGCAGUUGCCACCAAAUACCCAAGCAAUGCACUUGUCCAUCGUCCUAAUCUCAUCAACUAUAUUGUGUCCAUGAAGGUAAUAUCUUCUACCUUUUUCAUUGUCCGAUCGAAAAGAGUGCAGAUGAAGAACGCACACUCUGUUUCACAGCUCAUUUGUCUUACUUUUGUGAAUCUGAAGAGUUUCCUUCUGCCACCAUUCAGAUAAAGAACCCUGCACAGCUAGAUGCUGCUCUGUCAUUUCUUACUAAUGUUGGCCCUGAUUCUCUGGAUACUGGGAAGUUUGAAGAAGCCUGUGGUGUAGGUAUGUUUUUCUGCAACAAAAGUAUACAUGGUUCAACCAAUUUUUACUAAUGCAUGCC